GGCCGUGCGGACAGCGUGCGAUCUCAACCAAUAUGUUUAAGAAUAGCAACCACUCGAUCCACUUCUCAUGGCCUUGAAGUGAGACCGAAGACGUCGGGCCCUUAGCCCGUAGCCCGGGGCGCUAUGAACGACCGGUACCACCGGGCGGCCCGGGACGGCUACCUGGACGUCCUGAAGGAGGCCACACGGAAGGAGCUGAACGCGCCGGAUGAGGACGGAAUGACACCCACCUUAUGGGCUGCCUACCACGGCAACAUCGGCGCUCUGCGGCUCAUCGUGGGAAGAGGAGGGGACCCCGACAAGUGCGACAUGUGGGGCAACACGCCGCUGCACCUGGCCGCCGCCAACGGCCACCCCAGCUGCCUGUCCUUCCUGGUGGUGUUCGGCGCCAACGUGUGGUGCCUGGACAACGACUACCACACGCCCCUGGACAUGGCGGCCGCCAAGAGCCACAUGGAGUGCGUGCGCUACCUGGACUCCAUCGCCGCCAAGCAGAUCGGCCUCAACACCAAGCUGGUGUCCAGGCUGAAGGACCGGGCGUUCCGCGCCGCCGAGCGCCGCAUCAAGGACUGCGCCCAGCUGCAGAGGAAGCACCACGAGCGCAUGGAGAAGAGGUUCAUGAAGGAGGCGUCGGCGGCGGCGGCGGCGGCGGCGACCGAGGACAACUCGGACGCCAUCAGCUUCAACAGCUACACCACCGGCAGCAGCACCCGGUGCAACACCGUCACCUCCAAUGUGCCGUACUCGCAGGCCACGCUGCACUCCACCGCCAAGGGCAAGGCCAAGAUCCAGAAGAAGCUGGAGAAGAAGAAGCAGGGGGACGGCACGUUCAAGAUCUACGAGGACGGCCGCAAGAGCGUGCGAUCGCUCGCCGGCCUCCAGAUGGGCAGCGACGUCAUGUUCCUCAAGCAGGGGACGUACGCCGGCCCCCGGGAGCGCUCGCGCCACAACCUCCGCGAGAUGUUCUCCCGCGGCGUCCACGACAACAUGAUGGACGACUACGCCGACACCGUCUCCCGCGCCAUCAGCGACCCGGGGCUCCACGAGGCCGCCUCCUCCGAGGUGAGCGCCGACUCGGGCCGCGACUCGCUCUUCACCCGGCCGGGGCUGGGCACCAUGGUGUUCAGGAGGAACUACCUCAGCGGCGGGAUGUUCGACGCCGGCCCGCGGGACGAAGGGAGCGUGGCGGACAGCGAGCCGGUCGGGCGGGCGCCGAAUGUGCGCCUGCGGGGCCGCCUGCCGCUGCGCUCGCCCAGCCUGGACGAGGUCAGCAUCGGCAGCGGCUUGAGCCUGCAGGAGAGGAACCUGCAGGAGCUGCCCUGGGAGGACGAGGACUUGGAGCUGGACGACGAGAUGGAGCCCGAGAACAGCCCACUGGAGACGUUCCUGGCCUCCCAGAGCCUCGGCGAGUUGGUCUCGGUGUUCAUGAGGGAGAAGAUCGACCUGCAGGCCCUGCUGCUGUGCUCGGACCACGACCUGAACAGCAUCCACGUCCCCCUGGGACCCAGGAAGAAGCUGCUGGACGCCUGCAGGAGACGCGUGGACACUCUGAGUGAGCCCGAGGCCAUCAGAGACACAGAGCUCUGAGCUCUGCAUGAACACCUGCCAUAUGAACACAUGAAUUGUCACAGGACUCGUAGUUAUUUUGUGAAAAAAUCAUUCUUAUAAAGCACACUGUCAGCUGGCUGAAAUUCCACCUUUGACCAGUGUAACAAUACUAUAGACUAGAGAUAAGUAGGGCCAUCUAGUGGUUGUUUUUUACCAUAGCAUUAGUAACAUGAUUGCUAUGCCUUUAUUUAUCUUUUAUCUUUGUUAAAAUCGAAAUGCCAUAUUGAAAUGGUGAUGAUGGUUUGUAAAAUUGCAUCAAAUUUGGAUUGUUAUCUUUGUUGGACAUUUUGGAAUUGUUUAACUGACGCAAAAAAGUGGUCCAAUUCAUUUAAAAAAUAUAUUUUUAUUUUGUUUAUUAUUUAUUAUUUGUUUUUGAAUGUAUUUCAUUAAGCUAACAUUUGUACAUUUCUAAACACAUACGCCGUUGUUUACCACACUUUGUACAGUUUUCAUAUGUGGAUGUGGUCGAAUGCAGGUGCAUACCAAGUAGCUCGUUAUUUAGGACCAAUGAAAACAGCUCGAGCGUCUCCUUGGCACCCUAACAAUGCGUGGUUGCCACGGGGUCAUGGCUCUCGCAGCAUGGCCCAGAUAACACCCUUAUCUUGGGUUUCAAACAGGUGUAGCGUUACAGUGAAAGAGCUCCUUUAACACCUGAAGGAAUGCAUGUACGCAUGACAUUUUUACGUUGUCGACGGAUAAUAGAUUAUUUGUAAUACAAAUACAGUCACUCUGUAGCUAUAUAGCUGUAGACAUAGAAUAAAGAAAUACAAUGAAAUAUUAAAAUG